AGUUGAGGAGAAGUUAGGUUGACAUGGGUAUUUUCCUGAACUAGCAGCCUCUAUUAAUCAAGCACCUAUCGCGCAGGAGGAGAGCUACAAGAUGGCGCAGGCAAUAUUUGAGGUUCUUGAAGGUAUGGACAACCAGACAGUGUUGGCUGUCCAGUCCCUACUGGAUGGCCAAGGAGGGGUACCUGACCCAAACAACCAAAAUGUCACUUCAACACCCACAAUUCAGUCUAUGGAUGAUGAAGAUGUGUUCCUGUGUGGGAAGUGUAAGAAACAGUUUAAUUCUCUGCCUGCCUUCAUGACUCAUAAGAGGGAGCAGUGCCAGUCUGGUGCCCCCUCGCUGUCUACAGUGUCCCUGGCCUCCAGCAAUGCUUAUGCACCUGUCCCAUCAAUCAACUCUGUUCCACAAACACCUGCUAACAGACAGGUGUCCACCUACAUCACAGUCCCUCCGUCCCCUUUGACUCACACUCUGGUUCAAGGCAACGUGCUGGUCAGCGACGACAUUCUUAUGUCAGCUAUCUCAGCCUUCACUUCUAUUGACCAGCCCAUGGCCUCCAUGCAGACACCUAUACAGAGUAACCUAAGCAUGCACACAGCAGGAGUUUCUUAUCUUCAACAACAUCACCAUCAUCAUAAUCAUCAACAGGGGCAGCAGCAGUCCUCCCACUCUCUACCCUCCAGCCAGACACCAACCCACCCUCUGCCAGCUGGACAGCCCAACCAGCAGCCGCUCUCUUCACAGGUCCCAGCAAGCCAUAGCAACUCAGUAGUGCAGGUUUACAGUACGAUGCCUCAUAUGACUGGAGGUGGUGGUGCAGAGAUCCACACAUUAGGUCUGCAGGCUUUCCAUCCUGUUCAAGUGCCCAGUCAGUGUGUAGAGAGCCAGUCUUUCACCAGCCCUCCCAUCUACAGUCCUGGGAAGCAGGGAACCAAAACCAAGACUUGCAGCACCACCAACAGCAUGACAGAGCUGAGUGACUUUGAAAAGGCAAUAAUUCCUAAACAACCCAGAAGUAGCAAAAAAAGCACAGAUGGAGCAACAGCGGAGCAACCAAAGGGAAAAGGUCCGAAGCUGAAGUGUAAUUUCUGCAACAAAGUCUUCUCAAAAAACUUUGAUCUUCAGCAGCAUAUUAGAAGUCACACGGGAGAGAAACCAUUUCAGUGUAUCGUCUGUGGCAGAGCCUUCGCCCAAAAGUCUAAUGUGAAGAAACACAUGCAGACUCACAAGGUAUGGCCUAUGAGUGUGGCCAGCACCGUGUCACGACUGCCAGUCACAGUGAAGAUGGUGCCUAUGUCAUCCAGUGAGGAGGAAGGGGGCGGCGGGGAGCAGCAGCUGGGAGCAAGGGAUGAAGUGGAACUACAACAGCACAGCAGUCAGCAAAAUCAAGGAGAUCAAGAGUCAGUACAAACAGAGUCACCGGGGGAGUUGGAGGAGAGUCUGACUGAGGCUGAUCCGGCACCCAGCCAAGGGGAAGAUGUGCAGAGUGGUCAUCCUCAGGUCCAGAUGCAGGUGCUGUCCAGCCAGAGCCAACAGUGUCAAGCUCCAAACAAACAGGUCGUCGUGAUAGACAGCUCCUACCAGUGCCAGUUCUGUGCCAGCAAGUUCAAGAGCUACUUCCAGCUCAAGUCUCACCUAACACAACACAAAGGGGAGCAGGUUUAUAAGUGUGUGUUAAAGUCCUGCUCCCAGACCUUCCAGAAGCUGGAUCAGUUUCUAGAACACAUCCGGACGCACCAGGAGCAGCUGACAUACCGCUGCCACCUCUGCAGCAAGGUGUUCCCCUCACUGUUUGAACUGGGUGUCCACCAAUACUCCCACUCCUUCUGCCCACAGCAGAACACACGCAAGGAAACAACCGUCUACAGGUGUGUGAAAUGUCAAAGCAGAUAUUCAACCCAGGAGGCACUGGAACAACAUCUACUGACUGCCUCACACAGCUAUCCAUGCCCACACUGUCAGAAGGUUUUCCCAUGCGAAAGAUACUUCAGGCGUCAUCUCCCCACUCACGGCGUUGGAGGAAGGUUCAAGUGUCAGAUCUGCAAGAAGGCCUUCAAGACAGAGCACUACCUCAAACUGCACAUGCGUAUUCACUCAGGUGAAAAGCCAUACAAGUGUUCCCUCUGUGAGGCAACGUUCAACAGGAAGGACAAAGUGAAGCGACACAUGCUCAUCCAUGAACCCUUUAAGAAGUAUAAGUGUCCCUUCAGGACUCAUGUUGGCUGCACUAAAGAAUUCAACAGACCAGACAAACUCAAGGCUCACAUCCUGUCACAUUCUGGUAUCAAACCCUACAAGUGUCUAUUUUGUCAGAAGACAUUCAGCCGCAGGGCUCACAUGCUCGAGCAUCAGCAGUCCCACACAGAUAACUACCGAUUCAGGUGCUCCAGCUGCAACAAGGGAUUCACCAGACAGAGCUAUUACAGAGAUCACAAAUGUCCCGCAGCAGGAAACGAGACAGAAGAGACAGAUGAAGUUGCACAGGUGUCCACAGCUGAGGAAAAGGAUGAAGAGGAUGAUGGGAGAGGAAGCAGGUUCACUAGAAAAUCAAAGAGGCUUCAGAAUGGGGAAGACGAUGCAGAGGAAGACGAUGGCUCAGAGGAUGGCCAACACCAAGUAGACACACACAGGGAGGAUGGAGAUGGGAGGAGGGCUGACGAGGGUUGUCAGGCUGCCAUCACUGCUAUUGAAGGGCAGAUGGAAAGAGAGGAGGAUGAUGAAGAUGGGGUGGAUAAUGGUGACGAGACACUGGCACAAAUUCAGAAUGACGACCAAGACGGCUUGCAGACGCCUUGUUUAUAGUCUAUGUGCCACUAUGGAGAUUUUUCCCAGAUAUUCUCAAAUGUGAAAAGUUAUUUAUCUAAUUUUACUGAAAAACAAACCAGGGAACUCUGGGAAACUAUUUCAUUGUUUUAAAUUAAAACGUUAUUAUUUACCUGCUUUUACUUCUGUAGCAGCGAAAGAAAAAGUGCUGGAGAUGUUUUACCUGUCGGAUCCAUAUCGCUCAGAUAACCAGAAACAUGUCUGUGUUCUUGUCUUUAAAAUUUAUAAUACUUGAACCUCAGUUGUUUAAAAUGUCAUGAUGGUACCAGUUUCUUUAGUCUUAUGUAGCAAAAACUAAAUUAUUAUAAGUUUACCAUGUCUCACAAGUGUAUUUGUGGUCAUCUAAACUCAUUUGCAUUUUCAGUAAAAUUCCACCUGACGAUGCUCUUUGGCUUGAUUCAGUUAAUGUUUGUCAAAAUCAAGAUUAUGAUCAAGAUGUAUCUUAAUGUCCUCUUGGGA